AUGGACCGGAGGCCCUGUCAGCGCUGGGUUACUUCAAAGGAUGUCCUAUGCAACUCGCACUACUACCCGCACGAUGGUUCUCGUCGCCCCUGGCGGGCCACUUCUUGGUCUCGGUUUCCCCGCCAAUGCUCUUGCUUGGCCCUCCGGAAACAAGUGGCUUUCUCGGUGCUGUUGGUAUGGAUCGAUCAGACGCCUCUCUAUCUCCCCAAGAAACAAAAAGGACAUUUUUAUUUUUAG